GGCAACAGGAACACAGGGCGGAGCUCAGCGGAGCCGCUGGCCUGGGCACAUGGCAGGGGUGCGGCUGCCCCGGACCAGUAGAGGCUGGAGCCACCGACAUGGUAUUUUCAAGGCACUAGUGUUUAUUUUCUCCUCCCUGUGCGCCUGGUAUUCGGGGUACCUGCUGGCGGAGCUCAUUCCUGACGUGCCCCUGUCCAACACCCUCUACAGUAUCAAAAGCAUUGGAGAGAGACCUGUCCUCAAAGCCCCAACCCCCAAAAGGCAAAAAUGUGACCACUGGGCACCAUGUCCUCCUGACACCUAUGCCUACCGGCUGCUCAGUGGUGGUGGUCGAGACAAGUAUGCCAAGAUCUGCUUUGAGGAUGAGCUGCUGUUAGGAGAGAAGACAGGGAACGUGGGAAGAGGGAUAAACAUCGCUGUCGUCAACUAUGAGACUGGAAAGGUGAUAUCAACAAAGUACUUUGACAUGUAUGAAGGUGAUAACUCUGGGCCAAUGGCCAAGUUCAUUCAGAGCGCCCCUUCAAAAUCCCUGUUAUUCAUGGUGACCCACGAUGAUGGGAGCUCCAGACUGAAGGCCGAAGCAAAGAAUGCUAUAGAAGCCCUUGGAAGCAAAGAAAUCAAGAACAUGAAGUUCAGGUCAAGCUGGGUGUUUGUUGCAGCAAAGGGCUUUGAGCUCCCUCCAGAAAUGGAGAGAGAAAAAAUCAACCACUCAGAUCAAUCCAAGAACAGAUACUCUGGCUGGCCAGCAGAGAUCCAGAUCGAAGGAUGCAUACCCAAAGGGCUGGGAUAGCAGUGCCUGGG